AAAACGAAAAUUGACCAAAUUCGACAAUAAAACACACCCGCAAUGAGAAAAUUUAUGAGAGAAAAACUCGCAGGAAAAUUGAAAAAAAUCUCACAAAAAAAACCCUUCAAAAAUUUCUAAUAUGGAAAAAUAGAAAGAAAUUCGAUUAUUCCAACUCUGACUUCUAUCGGUGCAAUACCGAUGCUAGGCUAAAUGUGCAUUAUUCAUAGGAAUUUGUAAAAAAUAAAAUAGAUUUUAGUUGAAUCAGAUUCAAAGUGAUCUAAACAGCUAGCAGAACCCAUUCUCAUAUCAGAAAAAUAACCAUUCUGAUCUGAACUUUGAUUGAAAAACACUUUCAUGGAAUAUCACGAGUAAUUGAACAUGUUCAACGGUUCAUGAAAUCUCAUGUUCUCACUUCUCAUAUAUCAGACAUCUUCCCCAAAACACAGCCAGCCAAUGAAGGUUCAACGAACGAAUUAAGAUAAGAAUAAAUCUAAUGAAAGCGCAUUAACAAUUAGAAUUUGCUGUGAUAAUUCAAGUAGACUAGAAUGAUUGCUUUAUAUUUUUUGUGAAACUUAAUAAACGCCUUUGAGCUAAUUGCUAAUAGAAACACUGUCUUUAGUAUCAUUGCCUUUUCUUUCUCCUGAGCUUGCUAUUUAGGUGGUCGAUUACAUUUUGACGCGAAACUCAAAUUCUGAAUUUUAUUUUCAUCAAGUAUAUCUAUGAACACCUUCUGCGGAGCUUGAUUUUCAUAAAAAUUGCUAUCAUUGGUAGCCUAUCAAUAAUGAAAAAGAAUGAACAAAUGAAUAUUGCAAUUUUGCCAUGAAGAGAGCAUUGAACAAGCAAUAGGCACUGUUCAAUGAGAAUUGAAUAUUUAAAACGAUGAAAAAUUGUCUGAUACGAGGAGUAAGUACAGUGACAUUUCAAAAGGUCUUGACAUUUUCUUGGAAAUUAUUUUUCAAUCUAAUUUCAGUCGAAUUGUUUACAUGCUCGCAUCGUUUUGCUUACUGCAUUGUCUUAUCUUCAUUCUUUGACCAAACACACUGUAAGUCACAGUCUGUGACAAUGUUAUUCUCUUAUCAUUUUUCGUAGUAUUGUUUCAAGUUCAAUCAUUCUCCCAUUCAAUUGGAGUUGUUAAAAUGCAUUCAGAACGAAGAAACAGAAGGAAUGAAGUAAGUGAAACAGCAGAACAAAGGAGGAUAAAGCAAAGAGAAAGGAGAAAAGAAAAAAAAUGAAACAAAAAGUAAAAAAAAAACUCAAAAAUGUUCAGAAGAAUCGAAACAACCUAAGAAAAAAAGUUUGAAAAAUUACACAAGCGGCGCGAUUCUCUUUGCUCAAUAGUUGUCUUAGGUCACUAAACUUGUUAUCAUAUUUAAUUUUAUCAAUUGAACCAUGAAAAUUAUUUCAAUAUUGCGAAAAUAAUUCAAUUUCGUUGGUAAAAUUCAAUUUUUCGCCGUCGAAAUAUUUUUUUUCUCAUCGUUCAAGCCAUUUAUCAGCUUUCAAUUAAAAAAAAACUGACGUCUUUGAACUAAGCGAAUGUGUUUCUCUUGUGAGCUGAUAUUUGUUUAUACUUUGAUAUUGGAUGAAACGUCAAACUCGUACGAAGUUUGCAUGCGUGAAAGAGACGCUAAUGAAAAGCAUUCCGAAAGAGACACCAACAUUUCUAUAUACAAACACUGUAUUGUAUUUUGGCGCUUUGAAAUCUCUCCACACCGCAUCUGUCAUACGCUGUGCACCUUCAUUGUAUUCAAUACACAAAUUGGCACACGAAUCUCGUGCGCACACAGCCUCAAGUGAAAGUGAUACAGAGUCGGGUGCUGUAUGGUAAAUCAGAAGCAGUUGCUGUAUGUGUGACGCAGUGAAUACAUUAAAUGAUGGCUUUGUUAGUGUGAUCGUCGCAUAUCGUCUCUCUAUUGUUUUGCUUCGCGCUAUUAUUCAGAGAACACAAGUGUCAAAUGCACACACCGACGCAGAACCAAAACAAAACCAAACACAUUUUUUCAUUCGAUCCAAUGUUCGUGUCAUUUUCAUUUGUAUAGUGCUCAUUUGAACGGGACCGAUGGAUAUUUUGGUGUUGAUUCUAAAUUUCGAAGAAACAUCGGUUCAUUAAUCAAUAAUUUCGUAGAAAUAUUUCAGUUUUUUGAGUGAUGAAAGAAUAAGAGGAGCAUUUCGUUCAAUUGUGUACGCUGUGAAAAAAGAAGUGCCAUAAAAAUGCCAGUCAUUUUACCAUAUCGCAUCGAAUAUGCAACCUCAGAGGUUCGAUGCAAUAAAUGCCGUAAGUCCAUUCCACGAGACACCAUACAAAUCGGCAUCAUGCAACAGAGCAAGACCGACGAUUGUAUGAAGCCCGAAUGGUAUGACAUGGAGUGUUUUCUACAAAUUCGACGGCCAGUUUCAGUGGACUUCAUCGAUGGAUUCGUCAAUCUACGAUACAACCAUCAAUUGCAAAUUCAAUCGAAAUUAGGCGUCGAUGUCAAUGCUAAUGGAAUAACAGCGACCGCGCAGCCACUAUCGAACGAAGCCGAUACCGCAUAUGCGGCAUGGAUGGAAAAACAAAUGAAAUUCCAAAGCAAUGACUUCUUCAACAUUUAUGACCAGCUCAAGAGGCGCAAUUCCGUCAAUUUUAUGGCCACACUGAAGGCAAACAAUCAAUUUGUGCCAGAAUGUUAUUCCGAGAUUUUAAAUCACCUCACCGACAUCAUAUGUUUUGGUGCGUUGGCACCGUGUUCAGUUUGCAAAGACGGCAAGUUUGUGUUGCAAGGCUCCGUUUAUCGAUGCACCGGGUACGAUUCGCCGUGGUCGUCGUGCAUCAAUUCAGUCAAAGAGCCUCGACGUGUUCCAGUCCAACUGCCGGAAAAAUUUCGAGAAAUAUUGAUUGACGAACCAGUGGUUCGCACACGCAUUCUUCGCGAUGCCAUUCAAUUCAAUGACGACGACUUUGAGCUAUACACAAAGCAACCACUGUUCAACAUGGAAUUUUUCAUAGUCGGCGCUACAAAAUUACCACGAAAAGACAUCGAACACAAGAUUCAGGCCAUGGGUGGUAAAAUGGCAUCAAGGAUUCAUGGAUAUUUGGCUGCAGUCAUUUCGAAUGCCGAAGAGGUGCAAAUUGGCGAAGGGAUGAUAAGAGAGGCGUUCAUUCAACGAAUCCAGGUGAUAUCAGAUGAUUUCCUCAACGAAGUCAUGGACCAUGAUCCAAUUGAGGUGAUCGCUCGAAGUGAUUUGAGCAAAUGGGGAAAAGAUCCAUACGAACGAAUGCCCGAACGAAAGCCCGCCGCCACCCAACAGAGCACCACAAAUGAUCAUCCAAAAGCGAAUCUUUUCAAUUCGGAUCCAAAAACUGUGCUCGAAUGUGAAUAUGGAAAAAUUUACACUAGCGACAAUACUAGAUACGAAGUUGUGUUGGACUUUGUCGAUAUCAGUUCAAACAAAAACACGUACUUCAAGAUGCAACUGCUAGACCUUUCAACUCAAGGUGGCAACUCAAGAUAUGUAUUAACCGAGUCAUCGGGUCGAACUGGAACUAAAUUUGGCAACAGUAAACAAAGUCAAUCUUAUCCAAAUUUGGACCAAGCCACAGCGGCAUUCAAGAAAAUGUACCUGGAAAAGACGGGCAAUGAUUUUGGUGCCAUCAAUUUUGAAAAACGUGCCGGAAUGUACAAUCAGGUGUCGAUUGACAAUGAAACACUGACCAAAGUGUGUCGAAACCCGCAAUCGGGUGCACCACCGACGAAACUCUCAAAGCCACUGUAUGAAUUGAUGCAGCUAUUGUACGGUGAUGGCAAGGUGUUCAAAUCGACAUUGGUGGCAUAUUGUUUCGAUUUGGACAGUAUGCCGCUGGGUAAAUUGAACAAGACUCAAAUUCAGGCUGCAAUCAGUCUUUUGGUUACGAUCUCAUCGUUGCAAUGUUCCGAGAACAUCAAUCAAAUAAUUGCUGCAUCGAAUCAGUUCUACUCGAUGUUCCCGCACAGUUUUGGUGACCGCCAACGACCACCAGUGAUCAACACGUACGAAAUGAUCCAAAGGAACAUUAAUAUGCUGCAACAUUUACUACAAAAGGAGUACAGAUACGAAUUUCUGACCAGCGAAUUGAACAUGGAGAAAAAUCUACUGGAUUUGUGCUACGAACACCUUCAGGACUCGGCCGAAAUCACCAUGCUAAAUAAGGCGUCGGGAAUGUACGCACAAAUCUGUGCCUACGUACAAAAUACACAACUAAAAACGAAGCAACGUUAUGUCGCUGGUUUUGACAUUGACGAAGUAUUUGAAGUGACACGCCAUGAAGAACUUAUGCGAUAUCAACAAUACGAGAAUAAUUUCAAUCGUCAACUCCUAUUCCAUGGCACACGUAUUUCCAACUUUGUCGGCAUAUUGACGAAUGGGCUGAAGAUUUCACCACCGGAAGCCAUUUUCAACGGAUCGAUCUUCGGCAAAGGUAUUUACUUUUCGGACUCGGUCUCAAAAUCGGCCGCAUACUGUUCAUUAAAUAGCGGAUUCGGACUGGUUUUGCUGUGCGAAGUCGCAGCCGGUAUCGCUGACGUUCGAUUGAAGCAGGACAUCUCCCCGUUGAAUCCCUACUGCGAAUCUGUGCAAGCACUCGGAAACUACUAUCCACAUCCACUGCAUAUCCGAUCGGAUGGACUUAAAAUCCCAAAUGGCACACUAAUUAAACGCGAACAACAGACGGGCAUCACUUUCAACGAAUUCGUUGUGUCGGAUGUGUCUCGGGUUAAGAUUCGAUAUCUUGUCAAACUGAAAUUCAAAAAUUAAUCGACGGCAGCGCCGGUUAUAGUUGCACAAAAUCGGUUGUUAUUUCGCCACUUUGUCAUCAAUCCGACUCUAGCUCAAACUCAUCGACAAGUUUACAUAUUGUACAUCAAUGCAAUUGGAAUUGUGAACAACAUUCAACACCUACCAAAUUCAAAGCCAAUAGCAUAAAACCAUGACCAUUACAUCUUGGAACUGGAGAAAAAUUUAUUUUUAUAAGAAAAAAAAAACUGAACUGAAGAAAAAUGUCUGACAAUUAAAUUCAUAGAAUGGAAAUAUCCAUCAGAAUCAUUAGUUAUAACUUGCCAAUGAGCCAAAACCUAUUAUUAAAGUAUUUGACCUAAAGCGUUGAACUAACGAGAGAAAUAAAUGCGCUGUUCUUGACUUAA